UUUGGUAUUCAUUCGUCCGCAGUGAUUCUACUACCCCAUACAGACACGAGGAGCUGGUAUAUAAAUGAAUGACAAUCCCAGUCUGAUCAGUUCUCGCCUAGACAUCACAGAAUACGAAUCAGAUAGUUUUCAAACAGUCAGGAUAUUAUCAUGGAAUCUGCACAGACAGCCUUUAACAUCGCCACUACCGACAGAAUCACCAGCGCUCUUGCAACACUCAGAAGCGAAAUGCUUGACCUGAGACAACAAGAUGUCCAGUUGAUGAAGCAGCUUAUGAACAUUAACAACAACAUCCAAACACUGACCAAACGGCACAAGAAUUCUGAAAAACCUCUCAGGAAGAAACUGGCUCUGGUCAACGGGCGCAUGAGUUUUGUGAAUAUUGAUGAGUCCAUCUCCAAACGAAAGAAUCAGUUUAGCAUAUCUAGACACCUCAGUGGAUCCUUCUCCAGCAUUGAAGGAUCAUCAAGCUCAACAGAGGAUUUGAGUUCGCUGGACUCCGACAGUGAUGACAGUUUGUUUGGAAAUACGCAUAACCAUUGAUAAUGGCUCUUAUCAAAGAUUGGACCCACAACACCAAUGCUCGAAAAUGGAACAACGUGUAACACUGAACUUAUUUGUUCCCAAAAUGUAUAGAUGUGUCUACCGGAAUGAACAGGAUGAAGUCAAAUUAUUCAACACAGACAUCUUCUGUGAAGCUUCCUGCGAUAUACAAUCUACACAAUGAACAAUUCGCAGUUCAUCUUGUAACAAAAGAUGCUAUGUAAAUUAUGAUUGUCCAAAAACUGCCUGGUGAGGACAACAUUUUGCCGAACUCUGCCAAAAGUUUACUUGUGUUCCAUGGUGAAUAUAUGUGCAUGAAUGCGCUCUCAGAGAAAAUGACAUUAUAUUAUCAUAUUCAUUUAGUUGAUACCAAGUUGAAGACAAGUGUUGGCGUUAGCAAACACGGUACAUGAGGGUAGCGAAACAGGGAAUGUACGUUUUGACAUUCGAUUUCACAUUGUUGACGCUAAAGAUGAUACAUAGUGUAUGAAUACAUUAACUAUUGUGAAUCUGACAUAUGUGGUAAAACACAUGGGAAUGGUUAAGUAUAUUAAUGUAUACAUAUUGGACUUUUUAUAUGUACUUGUUAUAGACAACAGUCCUCGCGACUGAAAGAAUAUUGUUACUUGUUAUAUUUGUUACGAAGAUAAUAAAAGAUACUGAAAAAUGUA